CCUGCUUAUUGUGUCUGUACUUGUUCUGUUUGCGAUGCAGGAGAAAUUAUCACCGGAAAAGCCGAUGCAAGACCAUCUCGGAACGUCACCAUUGUUAAUGUAUGCAUCUACGUUAAAAGUACGAUGGGGAAUUCAACUGAAACACUGUUUGUUCUACAAGGACUGAAUGAGACAGUGUCAAGCAAGCACACAUACUUCAUCCUCAUUCUUCUUGUUUACCUUUUUACUAUUUUUGCGAACCUAACUUUGAUUGUGACAAUUAUUUUGGAGAAAACGCUCCAUGAGCCCAUGCUUAUAUUCCUGUGUAACUUGUGUGUAAAUGGAAUAUUUGGUGCCUCCAUAUUUUAUCCUAAAAUAUUGGUGGACCUUUCCUCUGACUUGAGUGUUACUUCGUAUGAAGCUUGUCUGGGUCAAAUUUUUGUAUUAUACAGCUACGUAUACUGCGAAUUUACUACAUUAGCAAUGAUGGCUUAUGACAGGUAUGUCGCGAUAUGCAAGCCGCUCAAUUACCACUCCAUCAUCACGCCUCGGACGAUGAUGAAAUUGUUGCUUUUUACCUGGCUUUCAUCCAUCUGUGAAUCAGUUGGCGUGACGGCCCUGGUAGCUAGACUGCCCCUCUGUGGAUUCAACAUCGAAAAGAUUUACUGCACUGCUUGGGCCGUGGUAAAGCUGUCAUGUGUGGACACCACAAUCAACAACAUAUACGGGUACAUUCUCAUGGUUUUCCACGCUUUACAAGCAGUGCUGAUCGUGAUUUCUUACAUUCAUAUCGUCAGAGCAUCUGUGCGAUCGCCAAAAGAAAGGAGUAAAUUCAUGCAGACGUGUUUACCCCAUUUAGUCACACUGGCCAACUUCUUCAUCGCACUCGGUUUUGAUCUCAUGUACACUCGCUAUGGUCCCACCACCCGUAUGCAGGCUCUCCGCAAUUUCAUGUCCCUGGAUUACUUAAUUGUUCCACCGCUUCUAAAUCCCCUCAUUUAUGGACUGAGACUGAACCAAAUUCGCCGGAGAAUCUUUAGGAUUUGCAGCAAGAAAAGACAUGCUCUAAAGUGAAUGUUUGCACUUUGUUCAGGCAGGAAAAGCCAUAUCCAACCGACGAAUGCUUUCAUAAAAAUGAGAACAGGACAAAAAUAAUCUCUGAACAGCGAAACUAAAAGAUUCUGAGACGCAGCACAAUUUCAGACAUUCUGAUAAGUUAUAUAAGCCUGUCUUGGUCUAGUGGCCUAGUUUGGUUUACAUUAUUAUUUAGUUUCACGCAUGGGUUGCGUUGCCUUGUGUAUGAAUACAUUGUCCUUAUGUACAUUCGGAGCUGGAAUGGCCAGACAGAUGUAAACUGGAAUGAGUCUCUUUCCCCCCCCUGUGUUGAGACUGCUAUUCAUAUUCAAGAGAGUAAAAAAUGUAGAUAGCAUUUUAAGUUCCAGUGAUAAAAAUAAUUGUUAAUAAUGAUCUUUGA